AUGUAUAGAAUUCUCUGGACAUUUCAGGAUGAUAUUAUUGAUGAUGAUGAUUAUGGAGCCCCGGAUUUGGACGACUACUAUGAACCUCCACCUCCUGUUCCUACAACCAACAUUGUGGUCGACAAGAUCACGAGUGAAGUCGUUAACACUGUUCAAAAUGAAAAUGUGAAGAAAGAAGUCAAAAAUGAGGUGGAAGAUAUGGAAGCUGAGCCAAUCAUCAAGGAAGUGGAGACGAAGCCAGCAACAGUCUCAGCAGCACAAACAAUGCUUUCAGCAGCUGAUUGGGAUGAUAGUCAAGAAAAGUAAGA